AUGGGGAUCGCGUCAAUUGGGUACUCCAUGGGGUGGACCUCGCCGAUCAACAUAAAGUUGCAAGAUGAGGACCAAGCAGACUCCCCUCUACCGGCGCCGCUGGACGUAGACCAAACCGCCUGGGUGGGGUCGCUCCUGCCGCUGGGAGCUAUAUUCGGUCCAUUCGUCGUCGGUGUAACUGUUUCGAAGAUUGGCCGCAAGUGGACCCUACUUAGCUCGGCGAUACCCCUGAUCGCGGGCUGGAUCCUCGUGGCCACCGCCUCCAACGUGGGGUUCCUGUACAGCGGCAGGAUAUUGUGGGGCAUCGCCGUCGGAAUGCUGUUCACAGUUACGCCGAUAUACUGCGGUGAAAUCGCCACGGACGACGUGCGCGGAGCACUCGGCUCCUUCCUGCAGGUCUUCAUCACCUUCGGCUACCUCUUCGUAUACGGGAUAGGUCCCUUCGUCACUUACGGCGUUGUCGCUUACGUGGGCUUGGCCACCGUUCUAUUCUUCGUUGUCUGCUUCUACUUCAUGCCGGAGAGUCCCAUGUACCACCUUGUCAAGGACGAUCGCGAAUCAGCGGCGAAGUGUUUGAUGACGAUACGCGGUCGGUCGCGUGUCGAAGUCGAAGCAGAACUCGACAAGAUGGCGACCGAGAUCAGUGCAUCAAUGGAGAAAACUGCUACGUUGGCUGACGUCUUCCGCGGCAGCAACUUCAAGGGCUUCUACAUCUGCUGCGUUCUUCUCGCCGUCCAACAGUUCAGCGGUAUCGGCGCCGUGCUCUUCUACAUGAACACGAUAUUCGGCGCGGCCGGCUCAGAACUGGACCCGUCUAUAGCCACAAUUGUCGUCGGAGCCGUUCAAGUGCUAGCUUCAAUGGUCACACCGCUGGUGGUCGAUAGACUCGGCAGGCGUAUACUUUUGCUGAUCUCAACUAGUGGCACGGCCACUGGACUGGUAUUACUGGGCACAUAUUUCCUGCUGAAUGAGCAAAACAGUCCAGUCAUACCCAGCAUCGGUUUUCUUCCAAUUCUCUCUUUGGUGGUCUUCAUUGUCGCCUACUGCUGGGGCGUGGGGCCUUUGCCUUUUGCUAUAAUGGGGGAGAUGUUUCCUAUAGAAGUCAAGGCUGUAGCUGCACCACUUGCAACUACCCUGUGCUGGACUUUGUGUUUCUUGAUAACUCGAUAUUUCGAGCCGGUUGCCGAAGCGGUGGGAAUGUACGUAGCGUUUUGGGUGUUGGCCGCGGCGUGCGUCCUCGGCUUCUUCUUCACGCUGUUCCUGGUGCCCGAGACGAAGGGCAAGAGCCUGCAGGAGAUACAGGACAUGCUCGCCGGCAGGAAAUCAAAUUUAGAGAAGGCU